AUGGAGGAAAGCAGCUACCCUGGGGGCACGUGGGGCCUGUGGGUGUGCUCCGGAGCUGGGGGUGUCUGCGCUGAGCCCCUUAACUUGGCUUUCUUCUGUGUCUUGUUGCAGUCUGAGGAAGACAAGCAGCUGCAGGAUGAGCUGGAGAUGUUGGUGGAGCGCUUGGGGGAGAAGGAUACGUCCCUCUAUCGCCCUGCCCUGGAGGAGCUGCGGAGACAAAUCCGUUCUUCCACGACCUCGAUGACCUCUGUUCCCAAACCCCUCAAAUUCCUACGGCCACACUACGGCAAGCUGAAGGAGAUCUAUGAGAACAUGGCUCCUGGAGAGAACAAGCGUUUUGCCGCAGACAUCAUUUCUGUUCUGGCCAUGACCAUGAGUGGGGAGCGCGAGUGUCUGAAGUACCGGCUGGUGGGCUCCCAGGAGGAGCUGGCGUCUUGGGGGCAUGAAUACGUCAGGUAAGGCUGGGUCGGAGCAGGACU